UUGAGACGCUACAGAUUGGAUCGUGCAGGAAUCAUGUUUGUGGUGGAUCUCCUUAGAGAUCACUUCACAAACUCGACGCCACAACGCUAUUACACCGGAGACGAAAGUAAUCACAACCCUGAGGUAUUUGGCAACUGGGAAAAUGCAACAAUGCAGCAGUGAUGACUUGGGUCUGUCCCAAUCCUCCAUCAGCAGAGUCAUCACCCAAACACUGACAGCUUUGUCACAACCUAAUAUUGUGACACAAUUUGUUUCAUUCCCGCUGGAUGCCCGCACUUUACACACACAUAAAAGGGCAUUUAUGGACAUUGCAGGAUUCCCUGGCGUUGUGGGUGUAAUUGAUGGAACACAUGUGAGAAUAAUUGCGCCAUCAGAGGACGAGGCUGUCUUUGUUAACAGGAGGAAUUUCCACAGCAUCAAUGUGCAAAUAGUGUUCAAUGCGGCCUGUAAGAUUUUGGACAUUGUGGCUAAAUGGCCAGGCUCCACACGUGAUGCGAGAAUGCUCUCCGAGAGUGGCAUCAGACAGCUUUUUGAGAGACGCUAUGUGCCAGCUAAUUGCCACUUGUUAGGGGACAGUGGCUACCCGUGCAAACCAUGGCUCCUUACACCUUACCUCCAGCCACGCCAAGGGCCCCAACUAAACUAUAACAGGGCCCACAAGACGACAAGAGCGGUGGUGGAGCGUGGCAUAGGCCAGCUUAAGAGGCGCUUUCAUGUUCUCCACGGAGAGGUGCGGCUGAGGCCUGAAAAAGUCAGCAAAGUCAUCAUAGCCUGUGCAAUAUUACACAAUAUUUGCAAGGUUGGACAGAUUGCAGAACCUCUGGAGGAUGGCGAUGAGGAUGAAGACAACGAUGAGGAUGGUGAGAGUCAGACCAUUCCCUCUGUGACACACUCUUCACUCUUUGAGGGUGGCGUUUUCAGCACCAAGUGUUUCGACCUGCUGCUGGCUGAACUCUUCGGAUUCGCGCAUGCGUGA